CUAGAACUUAUUGUUUUAAAUUUCCGUUCAGUUCAACAUCAAAAUUCUAUUGGGAAAUACAAAGUUUUCCAAACAAAAAAAUAUUUCGGAUAAAUUAAAAACGCUAUGACUGUCCUCCAAUGGACAAUGGGAUACAAAGGGAUGAGCUCAAAAUCGAAGAAGGAAUGGAACAAGACUAAAGCCAUAUCGGGGUGCGAUCAGUUGGGCAGAAGACUGGGCUCAAUAAUGCGGGAGAAUAACUCCAAUGAGAUGCUGCUGCGACAACAGGCCGGUCUGGACAGGAGCAAACAGGUGUCCAAACGUCGCUGUCUCUCAGAACCCUCUGCAUACAAAUUCCAGAGGGAAUACGAACGGAACAGGAAGCAGAAAUUGCGACAAAUGGCAAAAACACAGCGACAAUUGAGAGAAUUUCACAGUCAUCCCGUGCCGAACUUUCACAGUCUGCAUAAACGCUUGGAGAAUCGCAACCGGAUACGUCAAUUGGUCUCCCAACACAAGGUGACCACACCAAAGGCUCCACUGACUCUGAUCAAAUCCAUGGAGUCCCAGAAGAAGCGCGAAAUUCAAAGGCUUAAACUUGAACAGCAAAAGUUAAAGCAGCUAAAACAACGAUCCAAAUUUUGUACCAAAUCCUUCGACACCUGGCGCCAAAAACCAUUUGUGCCUCGCAUCCAAUCCAGCUUCAUCCAGGCGGAACCCUUUCAACUGGUCUCCGAGGAGCGGAGCAAAAAGCGCAGGGAAUUCGACGAGCGAGCCAAACACGAGCAGCAUCAACGAUGGAGGCGACAGGCCGCCGCCUGGGCACAACGCUGGCAUGAGGAAUACCUUCAGCUACGCAAUCUGACCAACUUCAAGGCUCGUCCCAAUCCUUGCAAGCGCUUCAAGGCAUAACAUUAAAUAUAUAUCACAAGGCAAAAAAAUAAAGUAAUCCCUUCAUAGCAAUC